AUGAAGCCUAAAAGGCUAAGCAAGGGAUUCUCGAUCCCGCGAUCUCCUAGAGUGGGUCGGAUGCCAAGCAUGUAUCAUCGGAACAAAGGAAAGGAGAAGCAAGGUGCUGGGCAGAAGCAAGGAGCUGGCACUACCCCUAGGGACCCCAAGGGAGUGCGCAAACCGACUAUGAUGGAUCAGGCGGCGGGUCGGUCGGGUGUGGUCGGGCGACGUCCUGGUAAAGUUGCUGACCAUGGGGGGGAGCCGGCUUCUCCUCUCUGUCCCGAUGAUGAUGGGGUUAACCAGGUUGUGGAGGAGACUCGUCGGAGAAGGCUCCUGCUCCAGGACGAGUCGGAGGACGAGCUGCCUCCUUUGUUUGCCUCGCUAGGUGGUGCAGCCCGGGAGAUGGAACGGGAACCGAGGGACAGAGGGCGGGCGACCAUGAAGCCCCAUGAUUUGAACGUGGAGAGUGGUGCGCCAGAUCAUUUGAAGCCACAAAAACCGGCUGCCACGAGGAAGUUGACCAAAGCUUCCAGCCAUCGAUCAGGCCCCGACAAAUCUGAGGAUAAAAAACAAAAAGAUUAUCGGAUUGGGAAGAAGGGUCAGAAGGCAGAUCGGGGUUCCUCAAAACAGGAGUCCAUUGAGGCUGGUAAUUGGGUGGACGUCCCAGUGAAGGAAGUGGCGGCGCUCUCUCCGGCUUUUGCUGAUCCGGUACCGGAGGACGAGUUGGGGAAUGCCUCAACCGAGUCGAGCCCGGCGGAAGAUGAGAAUCAAUUUGAAGUUAAAAGUAGGAGGCAGCCGCAGAAUGGUGGUCAUGUCCAACAAGUUGUCCGAGCUUUUGAGGCUGGCCUCAAUUUUGAAGAUCCUCUCUCCCCUCAGCCGCUAAUUGAUGCGCCGAGGGUGCUUGGUGGCGAGCUUUUGGGGGAUCAUUCCUUGAAUAUGACCGGGGAUUUGACUGGGUUGAAUGAGUAUGGAUCUAACUAUGAGGCUCUUCAUAACAGUGAGAAGAAGAGGGCGUUUCAGAAGGUGGAUGGGGAUGAUUGUGAGCUCCCUACGCCGAAACGCCAAUUUGUGGAAGACAGAGAUUUUGCUGCUACGGUGGAGGAAACCAGCCUAAAGUGGUCCCAGCAGGAUAAAUGA